AUGAAUAAAAAAAAAUCAAAGAAAAAAAGAAUACAACAAAAAAAAAUACGACAAGAACAACAGCAAUCACCAAUAACAAAACAACUUAAUAUUUUUAAUAAUAUUAGUAAUAAUAAUAACAAUCUAUUUCAUGAACAGGAUGAAAAUAAAUGUAGAUCAAUAAACAAAUCAUAUGAUGACGAUAUAUUUUCAUUAUACAACAAUCAAAGAAUAUUAUACCAAAACUAUUUCACAGAUAAUAAACAGAAAUCAAGAAUAUUGGUAAUUGGUGGUGAAAAGGAUGUAGUUAGAUUAACCUUUGAGGAGUUAUUGUUAUUGGUAAAAGAAUUUAAAAAUAGAAAUAUGUUAUAUGAUACAGUCAAUAAUCAUGAUAUAAAUAAUGAUAGCAGCAAUAUAGAUAGUAAUAAUAACAAUAGCAACAACAACAAUAAUAAUAAUAAUAGUUUUAAUGAAAUAAUAAUAAACAAUAAUAAAAAUAUAAAUUUUAAAAUAUUAAAUAAUAUAUUAAAAGAAUAUACAGUCAAUAAUGAAAAGGUAUUUUGGAUAGACAUAUUUGGUUUACAAGACGAUCAUAUUAUAACACUGUGUAAAGAAUUAACCAUUCACCAUUUAAACAUUGACGAUAUUUUAGAACAUGACUCUGCAGAGAAAUGUGAACAACACACAAAUUACCAUUUCAUAGCAACAUCAGAGAUGAUACAAAAGUCAAAUAAAGAUUUACAUGAAAACAACUUCUAUAUGUUAUUAUUUUCAAGACUGAUAUUUGUAUUACAUAAUAAAGAACUCGAUUGUUUUAGUCAAGUUUUCAAGUCAUUUAGAUAUUUAAAUAAUAGCGGUACAACACUUCAAUCAUCGGAAUGGAUCAUGUGCUCUUUUUUUGAUGCGGUUACUGAUUUGGCAGCUAUAGAGGCUGAUAAUAUGCUGAACGAAGUGAAUGCAUUGGACGAUUUAAGUACAUUUAGCGAGGAUAUAGGACAUCAAGAUUUAUAUAUAAGAAUCGGCAAAGCAACUCGUAGAAAUACAACCCUACUAUCCAAUUUGUUCAAUAAAGAAGUGGUAUUAUCAUCACUAUCUCGUCAAAUCCACUUUACAAUCGAAACUAAAAUUUAUUUAAAACACAUCCACGAUAGAUCAAAAAGAUUAAAAGAAAAAAUCAAACUCUCUGAAGAUUUAUUAGAAUCGACCCAUGGAUCCUAUAUUGGUAAAAUUUCACUAACUUUAAACGAAGAGUCACAUGCCCUAACUGUUAGUAUGAAGAGAUUUGCAAACUAUUCAUUAAUUUCAAUGCCACUAAUUUUAAUUGCAACAAUGUUUGGUAUGAACAUUAGGCUACCUGGUGGUGUAUAUUAUCAAGAUGAGGAUGAUGGAGGGGUUUAUUUUUAUCUAAUCCUUUUAUUAAUGGUUUUAUUGGGUUUGUUAACAAGCUAUUUAUAUAAAAGAAUUGGUUGGUUAGAUUAA